UUUGACCAGAAGUAAUUUCAGAGUGAGAUGUAAACUCUUAUGGUUAAUAGACGUGUUGGAGGUGGAUAACCUACGUCAAUUGCAUACACAGGGGUCAUUUAGACCAAACCAUGUUUUUUCUUCAUCCUGUAAAAGGGAGAGUAAAAACUAACCGGACGUAUUAAGAUAUUCACAGAAGAAAAUGGCUUCUAAACUUGAAGAGGAGCUUUGCUGUCCCGUGUGCUGUGACAUCUACAAGGAUCCCGUCAUUUUGACCUGCGCUCACAGUGUGUGUAAAGCCUGUCUGCAGCAGUUCUGGGAGAGCAAAGGACACAGAGAAUGUCCCUACUGCAGGAGGAAGUGCUCUAAAGACUGGCAUCCUCCUAACAUGGCGUUGAGGAACCUGUGUGAGGUUUUCUUACAGGAGAAAAGUCUGAGUGCUUCAGGGUCUGAGGUGCUCUGCAGUCUGCACAGUGAGAAACUCAAGCUCUUCUGUGUGGAGGACAGACAGCCUGUGUGUGUGGUGUGCAGAGACUCAAGAAAACACAGCAACCACAAGUUCCAACCUUUGGAUGAGGCAGCAGCUGACUUAAAGGAGCUGCUGAGGAUUAAACUAGAGUGCUUACAGAAGAAGCUGAAGGUCUUUGAAGAAGCACAUCUUACCUGUGAUGAAACAGCUAAACAUGUGAAGACUCAAGCCCAGCACACAGAGGAUCAGAUCAAGGAGGAGUUUGAGAAGCUUCACCAGUUUCUACGAGAUGAGGAGGCAGCCAGGAUAGCUGCACUGAGGGAGGAAGAGGAGCAGAAGAGUCAGAUGAUGAAGGAAAGUGAGAAGAUGAUCGCAUCUCUUUCAGACACAAUCAGAGCCAUAGAAAAGGAGAUGGGAGCAGAUGAUGUCACAUUCCUGCAGAACUACAGGAGCACAGUGGAAAGAGCCCAGUGCACACUGCAGGAUCCAGAGAGGGUUUCAGGAGCUCUGAUCAACGUGGAGAAACACCUGGACAACCUGAAGGUCAAGGUCUGGAAGAAAAUGAUUGCUCCUGUGACUCUGGAUCCCAACACUGCACACCCACGGCUCAUCCUGUCUGAGGAUCUGACCAGCGUGAGAGUUGUUAAACAUAACCCAGAGAGGUUUGAUGAGUAUCGCAGUGUCCUGAGCUCUGAGGGCUUUAACUCAGGGACUCACUGCUGGGAUGUGGAGGUUGGAGAGAACACAUGGUGGAGUGUGGGUGUGAUGACCGAGUCUCUCCAGAGGAAAGGAAACAUUAGAUCCAAGAGUGGACGGUGGAUCAUGUGGUACAAUAGUGUUGUGUAUGGAGUACGUGCUCCUCCCAAUGCUGACAUUCCCCUCAAAGUGCAGCAGAAUCCCCAGAGGAUCAGAGUGCAGCUGGACUGGGACAGAGGAAAGGUGUCAUUCUCUGACCCUGAUAAUAACACACACCUACACACUUUCACGCACACUUUCACUGAGAGAGUGUUUCCGUACCUCAGUACUGAUUGUGAUCUCUGUCCUCUGAGGAUCCUACCAGUGAGUCCUCAGUAAGAUCAGAGCAGCACUGAUGGAGCUGAUGGUGUCUCUGACUGGACUCUCAUGAGGCCAGUAGGUGUGAUGUGGAGGUGUGCUGAAUAUAACGCACUUAAACCAGGAGAUGUAUUGAUUCAUUAAUACACCAAAUAUACUAUAUAUGAUGACCGAGUAUACUAAUGAUCUGUAUAUUGAUGACCAAGUACAGUAUGCUAAUGAUGACCGAGUUUGCUAAUGAUGACCGAGUAUACUAAUGAUGACCGAGUUUGCUAAUGAUGACCGAGUAUACUAAUGAUGACCGAGUAUAGCCUACUAAUGACGGCCGAGUAUACUAAUGAUGACAGAAUAUACUAUUGAUGACCGAGUAUACUAUUGAUGACCGUUGGUCAGUUUUGAACCCUGAAUGCAUUUGCUCCACAGAACCCCUCCCCAGUCUACGUCACCUCAGAAUAGAGUAAUGCUCUGAUUGGAUGCUGAAAGUAAAAAAGGGUGGGACAGAGCAAAAUUGGAGUCAUACUUUGACUCACAUAACUUCAACUCCAAUGUAAAUUAGAUUGAUUGAUUACUUAAAGUGAUAGAAUGCAUUCUAUUUAAGCCACUUAUUUCAAAAUG